GGGGCUUAGACAUGCUUCUACUUUGUAUUCUGAUCUUUAAUCUCAUCAUUAAUUAUAGUAUUUCUGCAGUAUUCCGUCGCUCACAUUCAUAAUUUUUAAGGUAACCGUCAUGCCAUCGCCACUUUCAGGCCACGUCUGAAGGCUGAUUCAAUGUUCACACUGAGCGGGUUUGUUGUUCCGUGCAAUCAGAACUUCAGGCUGUCUGAUUAUCUUCUGACGAUUCGGUUCAGAAGACAACAAGACACAACCUAUGAAGAUCAGUCCAUCUUCUCUAGCGCGUUUCAAUGCAGAAGAAGUUUCAAAAGCAGCAGCAGAAGCAAGGAAGAAGUUCAAAAUUAUCCAGCCAGUGUUGAAAAAGGAACAUCCGUUUGUUGGGUCACAAGCAAGAAGCAUCAGCUUUAGAAUGUUCUCAGCAAAAUUUGAAUCUGUUAACAGUAAUGGGAAACAGGGAAGGCAAAUCAAGCGCAUACGGUUACCAGCAGAGCCGCUGAUGAAUGUUCAGACAGGAGUAGCUAUGGAGACAUCAACUAACUCAGGGCUAGCUCCUCUUCAUCUAGACGUAAGAAGCGCGUUUCAGACAAGCCGAGCCAUGUCAGAGUCAGGUGGUGUUAUGGUGACAUCUUCACCAGAGAGCAGCUUAGAAUCACACGACAUUCACCCUUUUCUAGAGUGUCGUCUGAAGCAGAACGGUCAGUGCUCAAUGGAUUUUGGUUUGAUGGGUCAGAAGAGAGGACAGCACCAACAACAAUCCAUGAUGAUGUUGAUGCUAUUGUCAACGUCUACAAGUGAUAAUCAUAGAAUCCUUGAGGCAUUCUAUGGCUGGUCACGUGCAGAUGGAUUGGUCAAGAAAAGUCUUUAACAUUCUCAGAAAAAAAUAUUUAUGGAACUCUUGCAGUGUUUGCAAGGACCGGGGAGCAUCUGUGGGGGAAAAAAAAGGGAAGACUUUUGUGUUUUCUUAAGAUCUUUAUUGCUUAAGUGCCUCUUUUGUUGGUGUCCGUUUCUGGCUACCACCCGAUAUGCUUUCUCUCUUGACUAACGAUGAUAUUUGCUUUGUUACGUAGAGACCUUUAAUCUUUUGGUGUUAUGAAAUCCAUUUAUUAAUUGCCAGAAAUCUU